CAUUGGUGUCAUUGUGCCCCAUCAGUGUGGCAGAGGAAUCAGUGCCCCAUCAUUGGUGUCAGUAGGAAUAGUGUCAGUGGAAGGAAUAGUGCCCCAUCAUUGGUAUUAGUGGGAGGAAUAGUGCCCCAUCAUUGGUGUCAGAGAGACGGAUUGUGCCCCAUCAUUGGUGUCAGUGGGAGGAAUAGCACCCCAUCAUUGGUGUCAGUGAGAGGAAUCGUGCCCCAUCAUUGGUAUCAGUGGAGGAACAGUGCCCCAUCAUUGGUAUCAGUGGGGGGAAUAGUGCCUCAUCAUUGGUAUCAGUGGCAGGAAUAGUGCCCCAUCAUUAGUAUCAGUGGGGGGAAUAGUGCCCCAUCAUUGGUGUCAGUGGGAGGAAUAG